GGUAUUGCCUGUGACGUCAUUUUCAUGCGACGAAGAUCUCCAAUAGAUACUUCACAUGUGAAGCGAUUCUCACAAAUCGACCCUAAAAUAAGGUUUUCUGUAAGAUGGUGACACCUGCUGAACUGUGACCCGAGGUUCCUGUUUCGUCACCCAGGCCCGAUGGCCAGCCGCCUCCUGUGCAGAUGUGCCCGCCUUGGCUGCAGGCUCUCCUCCCAGACACCAGUAGCUGCUGCUGUCCGCAUGCAUCUGCCUGCAGGUGGGUCCUCAGAGACCCCCAGGGCCAAGGGCUGGUCAUGGGUCACGGAGAGGUUGAUGUGUGAAAGGGGGGCUGUCACCGGGGAAGACCCGUAUCCAACCAUCCCCGUCCGCACCCAAGUAGAUGAGCUGGUGGAGAAGGCAACAACACCUGAGGAGGUUCUGACAGCGUGGGCACAGCUGGGAGGAAACGCCAAUCAAGCUGCUUCCAGCCUUAUUAGAUGGACUCAGUUGGUCCUGAAGUCAAAAGGGAAGUUUGGGGAGCAGCAGCCUGAACUCAUGGUGGAUUCAAGGCUCGAGGAUAUGAUGAAUACGUUAUGUCAACAGGUCUCGACGGUGUGGAACAGCAAUCUGGUCAAUGCCUUACGGACUCUGUGGCUCUUGGGUGUUCCUCCCACCCAUGCGGCCCUAAGCUCCCUCCAGACAGAAGUUCACUGGAGAAUUCGCAGGCUUUCGUACAAGCAGCUGAGCUCCCUGGCAGAUUGGGGGGCAUUCAGGAAGGCGCCGCAGGAUGCAGCGAUAGUCAGCUCCGCACUGAAACAGCUGGAACUCCGCUGGACGGAAAUCGCAGACUCCAAAACCGUCAGCAUGUUAAUAUCCAAAGGAGAACACAUGUCACCCACUUUGAUGGACAGACUUGAAGAUAAGGGCUUGGAGCUCUCAGACAGCUUCACUGCUGAAGAGAUUCGGAGGGUUUGCGUGUCUUUAGCAGCUCAGAGUCGUAGAAGUGUCCCGCUGCUCAGGGCUUUGUCCUACCACCUCCUGCAGAAGCCCUCGUCAGACUUCACCACUCCACUCAUUAUGGACAUGGCUUUUGCAUACGGAAAACUGAAUUUCCACCAUUCUCAGGUAUUUCAGCGACUGGCCGGCGAGUUGUUACCCAGAGUCCCUGACCUUAGCUCUACUGACGUCACCCGCUGCUCAAAAUCUCUGGGCUUCCUUAAGUGGCUCCACAUCCCUCUGUUUGAGGCCUUUGCUGAGCACUACACAGUAAAAAGCAGCAAGUACAGCACUUCCCAGCUCUGCAGCCUGCUCAUGACUUUUGCCAGACUAGGCUUCCAGUCGGGUAAAGGAGAGGAGUUUUUCAGCAAGGUUCAUGUGGUAAUGGAGGAUUCCCUUGCAAGUCUUGAGCCUUUUCUGCAGACUGAUGUGGCGUGGUCGCUCUGUGUGCUGCAGCAGGCCAAACCUCAUUAUCUGACUCCUCUCAUUCAAGAAAGUCACGUUCAAAAACUGUCCACCGGCAGUACAGUGCGGGUGGAGAACUAUAAAUUGAAGCUACUGCACAUCGCUGCCUCUCUGCAUUUGGAGAAUCCCGGUUCUUCAGCAGGUCCCGUCUCUUCUCCGAGUAUCCUGCCCGUCCCGGCUAACGCCUCCCCGCUGUCGGUCCUGCAGAGGAGUCUCAGAGAAACAUUACAGAGUUUGGUUGGAGGGAAAACGGAGGUGCUACGUGUUGGUGUCAACACUGUGUAUGGAUGGACUAUUGAAGGUGAGAUGGUGGUGGAUUGUGAAAAUAAACCAGUUGACCUAUCAAAGAUGAAAGCCCCACAUCUACCAAGCGGAGGUGGAGACCAGGAUCUACCCGAAGGGGCGCGGCGGCUGGCCUUCCUGGGUUGGGAGUUCCCACACUUUGGCUCCAAGAGCAGAGACCUGCUGGGACGCUUCCUCAUGAUGAAGCGGCAUCUUCAGCUGGCUGGCUUCAUCACAGUGGAGGUACCAUAUUAUGAGUGGCUGGAGUUGAAAACUGAGUGGCAGAAGCUGGCCUACCUAAAGGAUAAGAUGGGGAAGGCUGUGGCUGAGGAUAUGGCAAAGUGAGCCCGGUGACAUAUGCAGGCUCUGAGCUUUCCCAAACAAGUGGGACCACACGCGCACCCACCCACGGAUCACACCGAACGACAAGAAAACACAAAAACAGAUUUUCACUUUGGUUCCCUUGGCAACUUGUGGGGCUUUCCCUGUUUCCAUGGAGAUGCCAAGUAAGAGAGAAGUAAAAGGGUCUAUAUCUGAAAGGGACUUUUCCAGACAGAUGCCGGCGGUGUGGGAUUUUUCAUCAAAAUAUUCUUACAGAUCAACAUAACUUAUCUCCGAAUGUGUGUCCGUUUAUGAUGGAAUAAAGUCUUUUAUUGCUA